UUAAUUGUGAAAUAUGAAUUUUGUAUGUUGAUCUUUGAUGGGUAUUUCUUUGUUUUAAUUCUUGUUUGAUUUCAUGAAUUGGGUUUGUUUUCUUUUUAAUUAUAAAAAAAUUAAAUUUCAAAGCAAAUUCACUUCCUUUUUUUGCUGUUAUUUCUUUGUAAAUGGAAUAUUUGAUGGCAUGUGAUUGAAGGCAUUAUGAAAUAUUUUUUACAAAUUUGAUUAGAGUUUUAGAAAUAUAAUUAGGGUUCUAAAAGCGAGUAUUUUGUUCAGUUCCCAAAUUCAUUAUGAAAUUUAUUAGGCAAAUCAGUCUAAAAAUUAGCUUGGAGUAUUAUAGCUGCAAUGGCGGAAAUCUAGGUGAAUGUUGUCGCUAUGUUAUAGGGUCCGGGUCAUAGUAGUCCCUCUAUUAUUAAAUGGAUCAAUUUAGUCCCUGCACUAAUAAAAGGAAUCAACUAAAAGGAUGUCAUUAACAUUUUGAAAUAUUUUUAUGGUUUUGAAAUUAAAUCUUCUGUUUGGAGUUGAACUGCAAAUGGGAAAAAAAAAUUUCAUUUCAUUUUUUAAACAGUAAAUGUUAACUUUGUUACAAAUUGGCUUUAUUUAAUUCUUUUUAAUAGUAUAGGGAUUAAAUUGAUACAUUUAAUAGUAGAGGGACUAAUGUGAUCCAGUUCAUAUAAUAAAGGGACUUGGCAGGUACUUUCACCCGGAAAUCUAUUUCAGUUUAGUUUCCAUUGAUUAUCCACUACGAAAAUUUCAAAAUGAGCCAGUAUUUUUCCGGUUCAUAUAAUAGAGGGACUAAUCUGGAAUAACUUUUGGUGCUUCUAUUUGUUUGCAAUGCGGUAUCGUUAUUUCUUAUUUAUAUUCCAUUUUCUGUAUGACAAAUAAUAUUGUCUUAAAUCCUUUGAUUUAUGCCGAUUUUAAUUUGUAUUGUCGAUAGGUGAUAUAACCUUUAGUUGGAAAUAACGUAACUGGUAGUUGAAAGAUUUUAAUGGCAGGCAAUGGCCUGCCAUCUCUGGGUCGUGUAAAGCUUACUGAUCUCAUACCUUCUGAAGGCAUUCCUUCAGAUUCUUACAAGCUAUCAGUCUCUACUCUAUCACAAUCAUUUGCUCAAUAUUCAGCUGCCAUCAUUCAGUUUCCAGCUAGUGAUGGAGCUCUACUGAGAUCCGGUUUAGAUUCUGCUCGCCUUUACUUCCAACAAAAGGCUGCAUACCCACCAGAGGAGCUGAUUCACACAAAUGAUUCUCGUGAGUGGUGCAAAACGUCAGGUUACUGUGCCGACCCCCAACUAUGGCAGGAAACGUAUGAUUAUCGGCCUGGUCUAACUCCUACAGACCCUAUCAAUGGACUGGAGUUUCCUCCGGGUGGUUUGCCUGAUAUAUUUGGCUUGCUCAGUAAGGCAGCUCGAGAUGUACUGGAUGCGAUUAGCUAUUACUUGAACUUGCGUAGCUCUCCCUUUACUGAAAUACUCGAUAAUGUACCCUUAAGAAGCCGGGAAAUUUCUUCUUCAGUAUUAUCUGUUUGUUGUCAUGCAAGGCCUUCGUUCCCAGGGGCACAACACAACAAUUUAACAACACAGGACGAUGGUCAACUGAUCAUGGUUCCCGACCAUGAGCACCAGGUUGAUAAAAGUUUAAUAUCUGUUGUUAAGUCCGAUAAAGCAGGUUUUCAUGUACGGGAUUUUCAAGGUCGGUGGAUUCUUUUAGAUGGGGACCUUGGUCCUCAAGAAGCUGUUGUUUAUCCCGGACUCGCACUUUACCAAGCGACUGCAGGUUACGUAAAUCCUGCCCUGCAUCGUACCGAGAUUAAUAAUAUGUCGGGUAAUAUGUAUGGAAAAUGCUCUUUGGUUUUCAAACUCAUGCCCAAAUCUAUGACCAGUCUUAGUUGCUCAGAGAUGAGAGCAGCUGGUCACGGAGUUGAAGCUCAAUUCCAGCUUCCUAUACCAGUGGAUGAUUUCAUGCAGAGAUCUCACCCAACAGAUCAGCUCUUUAAUAGAAACACUUUCCCGAAUUUCAGUUACCCCCCGGCCCAUGAAGAUCAAUUAAAUGCUGGUACAGGAUCUAUGAAGCCAUUGAUGAGAAGACGGAAGAACAAUACGAGAUGCAAGCCUCUACCUCCUUCCAAGAGAUUACGGCUCGAAGCACAAAGAGUGCUUAAGGAAAGGGUUCUGGAGAUUGCGGAUAAGAAGGGCAUCAAAUUACGGUUUUGUAAUCUAAAAGAGUGUGAGAAUCACAUUCAUGCACUUGAUAGUCCAUGUGCCAAUAUAAGAAUGGAAAUUGGGUGGCCUCACGGAGUGCCAUUCGUUCAUCCCCACGAUCUACCUAAUAAGGCCAAGAUCGGUUUUCUUGAAGCAUAUGAACCUGGUUGGACAGCGACUCACGAUAUGGAUUUAAGCCUAAUGGAACCUGCACAGACCAGUCAACAGAAUCAUCGUUGUGGUUUUGUAUGUCCAUUAUCCUGAAUUAGCUUGUUCCUGGUCAGUUUUCUCAAUCUCAACUUGGUGGUUUCUUUUCCUGCUAAAUCCAGGACAAGAGCUGUUCCAACCAGCGUAAGCUGUUUUGUCGAACCCAGUCCAUUGGAAACCAGACCGGAUUUCAUCGUUGAAGUAUGAAACAGAACACAAGUCACCAUACGUGUCUGUAAAAGAAUGAGUACAUUGUCUGUAAAUAGUUAAAAAGUAUUUUAGGAAAUUCACUCUUUGGGCUUAAAGGUUCUUUCAUGGUCUUCCUUUUCCCCUUUUUAUAUCUAUAUAUAGUUUUCUCCAUGUUUGAGUUUUCAUUUUGCAGAGAUGAAAUGAAAGGAUAGUAGGGAUCUUUUGAUUUUGA